AUGAUACACAUUAAUACACGCUUCGACGAUCUCGCCUACCGUCUAUCAGCCAAUUUCCAAGAACUACACUACAAAUUCGAUACCAUGGGAUCUCGAAUUCAGGUGCAUAUAGAUAACUUGGCUUCCACCUCAAAAAGUCCAACGGAGUCUGCAAACGCGAUCGCCCUACGAAGUGGCCGACAAUUACCACCUCGAACAGUACCACUAAACAUCACUGAGGACAGCAAUGAUUUAGAUGGGGAGGAUCUCCNCAUUUCUGCUGAACCACCAAGUCACUCCCCAGAACAACCUGACCCCUCACCCGACCACACUACUCGGAUAGAUGAUUGGGUUGACCCUCCAGCAACUUUGCCUCCUUCCGACAAACCGGGAGGAGAGAAACAGAAAGAAAGGAGAUUCAUUCCCCCACCUUUCAAGCCACCUCUGCCAUUCUCUGGACAAUUUUGCAAGGAACUCUUGGAGAAGUACAAGGAAUUGUUCGAGAAACAGAUGCAAGAACUCGAACUUCGCAUGCCCCUAAUGGAUGCCUUCACCUUGAUACCUCUUUACCAGAAAUUCCUGAAGGAGGCAGUGAUGGAGCAAAUCAAGCAAGUACAAAGUAUGGUCAUACUCAAUCAUGAGUGCAGUGCCAUAAUCCAGAGGACUGCCGCACCUAAGAAACUGAGCGACCCGGGAUCAUUUAUUUUACCUUGCUCGAUUGGACCAUUGAUGUUUGGAAGAUGUCUUUGCGAUUUGGGGGCAUCAGUCAGCUUGAUGCCACUUACUGUAGCCAAACGUCUUGGAUUCGAGAAAUUCAAGCCUACCGAUAUCCAACUGGUUCUGGCAGAUCGAACUACGAGGUUGCCAAGCGGAGUUUUGGAAGACUUGCCGGUCAAGGUAGGGUCAGUAGAUGCACCAACUGACUUCGUAGUUUUGAAAAUGGAUGUGGAGCCAAGGGAUCCGCUUAUCCUAGGACGACCAUUCUUAGCCACCGCAGGGGCAAUGAUUGAUGUAAGGAACGGGAAGAUCGAUCUGAAGCUCGGGGAAGACCUCACUAUGCAGUUUGACAUUCAGGAAACUAUGAAAAAACCUACAAUAGCUGGUCAAACCUUCUAG